GUUUUCUGCCAGGUCAAUUAAGGCCAUCAGCUCUCAACUUGACUCUAUGAAGCCUGACUAAAUGAUUCUCAUCUGAACAGAACAUCAUCUGAGAUCCACGCCACGCACUAUAAAGAUGACUCUUAUUAAAGAGGAGACUGAAGAUGUGAAGAUUGAAGAAGCGCUCAAAGACGACGAGAUUCAAGCUGGUUGGUUUUCCUUCUCGGAGCUGAAUUGUACACCGUCUGUCCUUCUGCAGCUCUCUCUCCUUCUUCUCAGCUUCCUGUAAUGAAGGGCUGGUGCGACUUUGUGCAAUAAAAUAAUAAUAUUUUAUUACCAAAAGUAAUCAACAACUACUAAAUGAACACCAUAAAUGAAAAAAGUGCAAAAGAUUGUGAUUAUGUUGGAUGUUUCUAUGUCAGAGCUGUGUUAUCUGGAGAGAGGAACGGUUUCUACUCUGAAAGAAAUAAGGUGAAAAAACACGAUGCAUCUAACAAAUAGCUGAAAUCUGUAAUCAAGUGCAUUCAGCUAUAUAAUAUCUAAUGUAAAUUAGAAAAUCAUAUAGUGAUAAUACAAGAACAAUGCCAAGGUCUCUGGAAGAGAUUUGGAUAAGUGAUAGUUACGUUCUCUGUCCGAUGGCAGUGGAGAAAGGAGCAGGAAUACGUUUAAACAGCUUUGAACACGAAACGCUGGAGGAUGCUGAUCUCCUGGAGCCCCGAAGGGUCCUUAAAUCUGGAACACAAGAUGUGGCCCUGGAGUAAGUGCAGAAGGUCUUUCCCUGGAACAUACUUGACUCUCCAGGAUGGAGAUUCAUGGCGUGCUGCAUCUGUUCCUGUUAAGCUGGACUUUCCUCGCAGACUGGAGGCUUUAAGCGUGGUUGUAUCUGAUGCUGGGACUCAGACUCAGACUUAGUUUCACACUAGACAGGCCGGAGAUUCAGAACGUAGGUAUUCUGUUAACGUCUCUUCCAUUGCAGUACUCAGACUCUGGUGUUUCUGUUAGUGUCUCUCUGGAGAGGAGACUCUGAUCAAGGAGUGUCUUUUGGAAGGGUAAUUUUAUCCCUUCAUGAUGAGGAGGAGAUUGCAAUCUGGUGCUUCUCCACUUCCAUGCUGUGCUUGGCUAGUUCCAUCAGAGGGAGGGACAUGGUGUGGCCAACACUUCUUACUUCCUGUGGAACUUACUUGCAAACACAAAGUUAAAAAAGCAUCACUAAUGUUUUACAGGUGCAUUUCUACCUUACUAAACAUUUCGGUUACGUACGUAAUCCCCGUUCCCUGAUGGAGGGAACAGAGACGUUAUGUUGUGACAACAGGCUUGUGUCUUGCUUAGAGCCAUUAUUAACUCUGAUAAAAGAAAGCGGCGAUGAAAUUUGGCAAGUGGUUGACUAAUCCUAAAAUUUAUCAGAUUGCUGAGGACCCGAAACCAACUCUCCGCUCUUAGCAAAGGUUUGAGGUUGUGGCAAGGUGACAUAAUGUCUCCGUUCCCUCCAUCAGGGAAUGAGGGUUAUGUGUGUAACUGAGACCCUGUCUGUCAGUCACUAUGAGUUAUGUCAUGAUGACAGUCUGGGGUCCUAAUGGAAAACGGCACAACCUGUCUCUGUGGCAGGUCCUAUACCAGGAAGGAGAGGAACUGGCAGCAGAGACAGACAAAAGACUCUCAAGGGAAGACACAGGUUCACAAAAGGAAAUCUUCCCAUGGAACAUAUACAUAUAGGAUCUCCAUGGAGAAUCAGCCAUAUGGAGCACCUAGACCAGUACAGGGGAUGACCAGAACCUGGCAAGCUACGACGAUACUGGGCCUGGCGUCAGGCUGCUCCGCCAAAGGAGGAGGAACCCCUCCAUCCCCACCCACCCCCCAUGUCUAGAACAUGUUGUUGGCUUUGAUGGUUCAUACGUCUAAAGCCCGGCUCACUGUGUGAUUUUGAUUGUUUGGUCAUCUGAGACAAAUUUGAAAAAACCUAAAAGAUUCCUAAAAUCCUAGACUAAAAUGUAUAGUUUUGAUCGCUGGUUCAACGACAUUGCCAUGCAGUCAAAUGUAACCAAAUUAGUGCCUGAAGAUUUGGCGCACAGACCCUCAGUAUAACUUCUACAACGAACUUCAAACUGUAUGCUUAAAUAUAUCUAUGUCUGUUUCUUUGUGCCAUUAAAAUGUGGUUAACUUACAUUGUUUUCAUUUUGCUUUAGACUUGAUGUCAUGCAAAGAGGAGAGUCAAGAACAGAAUGAAAUGGAAGACAAAUAUAAACCUCAUGUUUUCUCUGGAGACGCUGCUAAUUUAAGUUGCUCACAGUCUAAAAAGACUUCUACACGAAAAAGAGCUCGGAAGACAAGAGCUAUAGGUCAUUUCCCCUGCCAACAGUGUGGAAAGAUUUUUACUGUAAAGCGAAACCUCGAAGUUCAUACUAGAAUUCACACUGGAGAAAAGCCUUACAGCUGCCAACAAUGUGGGAAAUGUUAUAGUAAAAAUGAAACCCUCAAAGACCACAUGAGAACUCACACCGGAGAGAGACCUUACACAUGCCCUCAGUGUGGAGUAAGUUUCAGUGAAAAGGGAACCCUUAAGAGGCACGUUAAAAUUCACAUCGGAGACAAGCCGUUCACCUGCCAGGAGUGUGGAAAUAGUUUCCUUCGAAAAGGAAGUCUUAAAGACCACAUGAGAAUUCAUACCGGAGAGCAGCCCUACAUAUGCCAUCAAUGUGGAAAGAGUUUCAGACACAGACAAGCUCUUAACGUCCACCUAAAAAUUCACUUAGGAGAGAAGCCUUACAUAUGUGAUGAGUGCGGGAAGAGCUUCUAUCAACAAGGACACCUUAAAGUCCACAUGAAGAGUCACACCGGAGAGGGUCUUUUUGCCUGCCAACAAUGUGGAAAGAGUUUUACUAGAAAAUCAAACCUGGAAAUCCACAUGAGAAUCCACACCAGAGAAAAGCCCUUCAUAUGCACUCAGUGCGGAAAGAGGUUCGAUCAACAAGGAACCCUUAAAGUCCACCUGAGAAUUCACACAGGAGAGAAACGUUUUACCUGCCAACAGUGUGGGAAGAGUUUCACUCAAAAUGGAAACCUCAAAGCCCACAUGAGGAUUCACUUAAGAGAGAACAGUUUUAUAUGUCACGAGUGUGGAAUGAGUUUAACGGACUGGAACCAGUAUAACAAUCACGUAACAUCUCACGCUGGAGAGACGUGAGAAUUCAGGCAAGAGAAGCCUUUCACGUGCUUCUCAGAGGAAAGAGUUUCAGGUCUAAUGCCUCAAAUGAUUAAUGUAAGUGUUCACCAAUAAAUAAUUAACCCUCAAGUUGUUCCAAACCAGUAUUUUGAGUUUCUUUCUUAAGGCUGGGGUACAUUACACAAUUUUUGGUUAAUGGACUGAAUGAGUUUAUUUUUGAAAUCAUUCAACUACUGCGUUAACUUCUCCAGACUAAAUUAAAAAUCAGGGAAAAACACGCGAGGAACUGUCAGUAUGGAGACAUACAUUUUGUGUUUCAGGGCUGUGUUUUUGACCUUAAAAUGACAUUAUUUGGUGUAAUGCGUUUUAUAGAUUAUUUUCCACAUACUGUACAUUUAUUGUUUUUUCGUUUUGUAAAUACAA